GCAAACCUUAGUUAUUCAAAAUUAUCGAAUAGUGCAUGAUGAUAUGCGAUUAAUUUUGUAUUGCAGAUGAGAACAUCAUCAAAUAAUUAUUAAUACAACAGUUUUAUAAAAAGAAAUCAAAAUGUUGGUAUUAUUUGAAACACCAGCGGGAUAUGCUAUCUUCAAGUUACUUGAUGAAAAUAAGUUGACAGAGGUGGAUAAUCUUUAUCAUAACUUUGAAUCUCCUGAAGCAGCUAGCAAAAUAGUUAAAUUGAAGCAUUUUGAAAAGUUUGCCGAUACUACUGAAGCUCUAGCAGCGACUACGGCCGCAGUAGAAGGUAAACUUUGUAAAUCGUUAAAAAAAAUUCUAAAAAAAUAUUGUGCAGAGUUUCAAGAACAAUUAGCUGUUGCCGACGCUAAAUUGGGCAAUGCCAUAAAGGAUAAACUUAGUUUGUCUUGUGUCAGCAAUACUGCUAUACAAGAGUUAAUGAGAUGUAUACGAAGUCAAAUCGAUAGUUUGUUGGUUGGACUACCAAAGAAAGAAAUGACAGCAAUGGCAUUGGGUUUAGCACACAGUCUAUCCAGAUAUAAGUUGAAAUUUUCACCUGACAAAAUUGAUACUAUGAUAAUACAAGCUGUUUGUCUAUUGGACGAUUUAGACAAGGAAUUAAAUAAUUAUGUAAUGCGUUGUCGCGAAUGGUAUGGCUGGCACUUUCCAGAACUUGGAAAAAUCAUUAUGGAUAACGUAGCAUUCGUGAAAACGGUAAAAGUUAUUGGAACCAGAGAAAAUACUAGAAACUCGGAUUUAUCCGAUAUAUUACCAGAAGAUGUAGAGGAAAAAGUGAAAGAAGCUGCUCAAAUAUCUAUGGGAACUGAAAUAUCUGAAGAUGAUAUUUUAAAUAUUCAACAUCUAUGUGAUCAAGUUAUCGAAAUUUCGCAAUACAGAGCACAGUUAUAUGAUUAUCUUAAAGCAAGAAUGAUGGCAAUGGCACCAAAUUUAACUGUACUUGUUGGAGAAUUAGUAGGAGCUCGCUUAAUUUCGCAUGCUGGUUCUUUAAUUAACCUUGCUAAACAUCCAGCUUCUACUGUACAAAUACUUGGCGCUGAAAAAGCUUUAUUUCGAGCAUUGAAAACGAAAAAAGAUACGCCUAAAUAUGGCUUAAUAUAUCAUGCACAACUUGUUGGACAAUCUUCGAUUAAAAAUAAGGGAAAGAUGUCCAGAAUGUUGGCGGCCAAAGCAUCAUUAGCAACUAGAGUAGAUGCAUUAGGAGAGGAUGCAAAUUUUGAUCUUGGUGCUGAGCACAAGGUUAAAUUAGAAGCACGUUUGAGAAUAUUAGAAGAAGGAAAUCUUCGCAGAAUAAGUGGAACGUGUAAAGCAAAAGCGAAGUUUGAAAAAUAUCAAGCUAAGAGUGAAUAUGUUCACUAUCCUACAGCUGCCGAUACAACACUUCCAAGUGGAAAAAGAUGGCAUUCAGAAAUUGAAGAUAAAAAACCAUUGAUUGAGGAAAUUUCUGCAACACAAGAUGAAGAAAUACCUAAAAAAAAGAAAAAAAGACAACACAUUGAGAGUACAGAGGAGCUAAUAGUUACACCAGAAGAUAUUCAAGUGAAGUUGGAGGAAGAAAGUACACCAUUGCCGAAGAAGAAGAAAAAGAAAGCUAAGUUCGAGACAAUGGAAGAAGGGUCUUGUAGUACAUCCCUUAUAAAAGACGAAAAAUUAGAAGUUUCCACAACGUUGGAUGAAGAACAAACAAAGAAAAAGAAGAAGAAGAAAGUUAAACCAGAAUUAAAAAGUACAGAAGUUCUUCAAGAGACUAAAGAAAUUGUACUUCCAAGCGAGGAAAGCGGUGAAAAAAAAAAGAAAAAAAAAAAAUCUCAUACUGAAUAAUAUUGUGCACAAAUAUAGUUAAUAUGUUUCCAAAA